UUGUUAUGAGGAGUUUUUCAUGGCCGAAAUACUCUCGAAGGUUUGCCAUUGCCUGUUGAGGGGACACCGCUGUUAGACAAUUUAAUCUAAUAUUAGAUGUUAAUACACGGAGAUUCGAACCUACUAUCCAUUCAGCUAUGGCGGCCGUCAUAUAAAUAUUUAAACGUUUUCAAUUUCCCAUUGGACGCGGCUUUGUUGGAAAAGUGUAUUCAGAUCCCCCGGAGGGAAGUUGAAUUUAACCCGAAUCGCACAUUUUUGUGAAGCAUUUCCCAAGUUUAGGCAUCGGCAUAAAGAAAAAGCAUUUGUGUCCUAGACCGCUAUGUACAGAACGUAAUGCAAUCUAUAAUUCUCAUCCUAGACUGAAGUAAUAAUACCAUAUAUUCACAAGCUAUCUAUUUCUAAUAUGACAGGAAUACCUCAUGAUCCAAAAUGGAGUCUGGAACGACGUGAGUCGUCAGGUCAAUUGGUAUGGCGCAAGGAGUCUCCAAGUUCGAAAAUACGCUUCCGGUUUGAUGUUGAAGUUUUGGAAUUUGAGAAGCAACCGCAUGAAGAUAUUGAGCACAGUAAUGAAGAAUUUUCGGUCGGAAACAUAGCGUCAACAAUAGUUUUGUGUGCUAGCUGUGUUGUAGUAGUGGCUGUUAGCGUUUUUCUACCAUGGUACCUUAUGGAAAAAGCAUUAUCAACGGGUUCAUAAAACUGCAUCCAUAUAUUCCAGAAUAUUAUGGCCCGACAUGAAAAAUAUUUUAAAUGAAGAAGUUAAUUUACACACAUACAUAUGUAAAUAAAAAUGUUUUGGUUACGAUAGCAACAGAUAGAGAAUGUAACGCAGAAAUAUUUGGCAAGCAUUAUUAGUAUUUAAGUUACUUUUAAUAGUCGUGAGAUCAAUCUGUGAUUUGAAAACAUCACCUGAUUUCAAUUUUAUACGGGUGUUAUAAAAACUGUCAUGCGUAUUUACGUACUAUUUUACAUAAUUCUGAGAUAUAUAGUUAAAUAAAUAUAAACCGACAUAAUUGCAGUGCAAAGUUUAAUUAGAACAUAACUUAGUUAAGAAGGUUGCAAACAAAUCUUAAAAUGAAGUAAUCGUAUUUCGUAAAAUUUUGUCUAUUCAUUUCAUAUUGUUCAUACUCGUAUUAAUAAAUUGUCGAUAUACAAA